ACAUGGUGCCUUGAAGUGUUUUGUGACUGCGGGCAAUGCCCCUCUUUUUACUGGCUUCAGAAACUUCCUCUGAGAUGAUAUCACUUUUUAUUACACAGUAACAAUUUCCUGUCUGUUAAAGAGGCCCACACCUUGAGGAGAAGCACAGGACUCUGUAUAUCUGCUAAGUAGGGAGAGGGCAGGGGAGGUGACGGGUUCAAGGAGAAGGUGGGGAAGGUUUCUAUUGGAGCCUUCUGGGGAGUGGGUGCGGCAUGAGCCCAGUCCCACAGGUUAGCUCACCUGCCAGUUCAGCUGAGGGGCGGGGUAUGUGGGCCAGACUGGACAGAGGUGGGUAGGAAGAGGGAGAACCCCAGUAACCUCAGGUUGGGCCAGGCCAGAGGCCAUUGCAGCUUUAAUCAAUCAGCCAGGACCUGUGUGGUGCCUGCCAGUGCCUGGCUAGAUUUGGAGCAGAGAGGAAGCAAGACCAAGGUGGGGAAGAUGAGGCCUGUGCUGUGGACACUCUGUGCAGUCUGGGUGACUGUCAAUGCCAUCUCUGUGGAAACACCCGAACAGGCUCUUCAGGCCGCCCGGGGAGAAAAUGUCACGCUCCCCUGCACAUACCGAACUUCUGCCACUGACCGAAAUGGAUUUAUUCAAUGGGAUAAGCUGCUAAUGACUCAUUCGGAAAAGGUGACCACCUGGACAUUUUCUGACAAAAAGUACAUCUAUGGUAGCCGUUAUGAGAACCGCGUCAGCAUCUCAAGCAAUGCUGAGCAGUCAGACGCCUCCAUCACCAUCAGCCAGCUAACCAUGGAGGACAAUGGUACUUACGAGUGCGCUGUUCAACUGAUGGCGGACCUAGAUGGAACCUCCAAGUCACGUGUUCGCCUCUUGGUUCGCGUGCCACCGUCCAAGCCAGAGUGCGGCAUCAAUGGAGAGACUGUGAUCGGGAACAACAUCGAGCUGACCUGCCAGUCACAGGAGGGCUCCCCGGCCCCUACGUACAGCUGGAAGAGCUACAACGUCCUGAACCAGGAGCGGUCCCUGCCCCUACCAGUCACAGGACAGACCUUCCUUCUGAAGAACAUCUCCACAGACACGUCGGGUUACUACAUCUGCACCUCCAGCAAUGAGAUGGGGACGUCGUCCUGCAACAUCACGGUGGCUGUCCGACCUCCCUCCAUGAACGUGGUCUUGUACGCGGGCAUCGCGGGAGGUGUGGUUGCUGCCCUCGUCAUCAUUGGUAUCAUCGUCUACUGCUGCUUCUGCCAGAGCAAAGGCAAGACCAAGGAGAAGGAGGAUGCGAGGCCGAGACGGGAGAUCUACAGGGAGCCACCAGAGGAGAUGACAGAGCUUUCCAGAGAGCACGAUGAGGAGGACAGCUACCGGCACGAAGACCCGAGGAGCUCCGGGCGUGGGUCCCCUGACCACCCUGGCCGGUGACGGGGGCCUGCUACAGGCUGGGGUCAGGAAGGCUAAGGGGGCCCCUCCCCUGCCUCCCUGCCUCCUCUCUCCUCGCCAAGUCCCGUUUUCCUAUUCUUUCAUCCCAAACAUUGAUGGGGGAUGUUUCUUCUGUUGUGUCCACUGCUGGAGGAUUUGGCCUGUCCGUGAGUGGGGUUCUCAUUCAUGACUGACCCUGCCAAUUGCUCUGUCCUGUGAAGUGACCCCGCCUACUGCCAUGCCCUUGUUCAGAGCCUGGCCCUCCCCCUGGACCAGGCAGCAGCUUCUGACUUGCCCUGCAGCCGACGGGAGGUCUCUGAAGCACAGCACUGAGCAUGAAGCACCCCCGCCACAGAACCCUCCACAGAAGCCAAGCCGGCUUCAGGAGGGCAGGACCCUGCCCACUCACCUAGGGAGCACCUGGCAGAUGGUUUGCACUCAAUACAUUGUUGGCGAAUGAAUUAAAGAAUGAGUAAGUGAAGGACUCUCUAUUAAUCUAACCAACUUAAGUGCAAAUUUCUUGCUUCAGGACCCACACUGGCCUGGUCUCCAGCUCACCUUCCAGCCUCAUCUCCACAGCUUCCCUGUACCUUCUAGACACUUCCAGCAAGGCCACUCGGGCUCUCUCUGCACACUCUCUCGAGGGACGUUUGUGUUCUCCAUUCCGUUUGGAAUGCGCACAUACUUUCCCUUUCUGCCUGUCAUGACCCUACCGGUCGCUCAAGGCCCAGCUCAGAUCCCAGUUAUUUCUAAAACCCUUUCCUGAUCUCCCGCAUGUUGUUGUUGUCAGGUGCCAUGAAGCCUGUUCCAACUCACGGCAGCCCUGCGUACAACAGAGCGAAACACUGCCCGGUCCUGCACCAUCCUCACAAU